GUAAUUAUGGAAAUGGUCUGGAUUAUGUUUGUUCACCUUUUUGUCUGCGUUGUUUCAAAAUGCACCAUCAAACAGAAACAGCAUGGGUAUAAAGAAGCCCUAUGUAUGAAUCAAGGCUUAACAUCGGUUCCUACAGAUCUUCCACACGAUAUAAAGAAACUUGAUUUAAGUUAUAAUAGAAUUUCUAAUAUAACAGAAGGCGAAUUCAGCAUGUACAUAUAUUUACAAGAAUUGAUCAUAAACAGAAAUGUGUUAGAAUGUUUAGAUUCUUCGGCGUUCAGCGGAUUACGAUUGUUGCGCCGUUUAUCAAUGUCAAGGAAUAACUUACAAUUGGAUACAUCAUAUCCUUUAGGAGUGUUUAAGUCACUGUCUAAUCUUUUGGAGUUGGAUAUCAGUAGAAAUAUGAAACAUGACAGUAAAGGUAACAGCUCGUACAGGAUUCCGGUGAAUGAACUUGUAAAUAUUCAAGAGCUUUCCAUAGACCUUGUAGCCCAACCUCAUUUUGGUAACCAUUUUCGUGAUAUGAAAUAUUUACAAAAACUACGAUUCGAAUUUUGUCAUGUGCGGUAUUUGCAUAAUCAUAGCUUCAGUGAUAUGCCUGAAAAUGUAACGGAAUUACACAUGUCAGCAUGUUACAGGUUUGUUGUUAUGGAAACCAAUGUCCUUGGCCCAUUUUCGAAUUUAAAAACUUUGAAUCUUACAAACAGUAAUAUACAUUUGACUCGGGGCUUAAAAAUAUUAUAUCCUCUACAAAACAAAAACAUGGAUAAUAUACUGUUCAGAGGUAUAACUAAUUACGUUGCAGAACUCGAUCUUGGAGCUGUGACUCUUACUACAGCUGACAUGAAAUAUAUAUCUACAAUUUGCGUAAAAACCUUGGAUUUAUCAAAUAAUGACAUUGUUUCCAUUAAAAAUCAAUCCCUGCUAUCUUUCAAAUUUCCAGAAUGUUUUGAGAACAUACUGCUAUCUGGAAAUAGAUUUGCUUUGAACAACUUUGCAAUAAACUUUUUUAUAUUCUUUGGAAAAAUGAGAAACUUAAAGCUUUUCGAUUAUUCAUAUAUGCCAAUAGAAUUCAAUAAUCCAGUGUAUCUGAAUGUGUAUACAAAGGGUAAUAACCAAAGUCUGAUUGAAGAGAGAGAAGAGGGCGGUAGCGUUAAUAUCAUACCAGUGAUCAUACCUCCAUCUAAAGUAGAAUAUUUCAGAAUUACACACAUAAUGGGUGUAAACGGAAUUAAAAAAAUAAUAAUGUUUCAAAGCCGUUUGAGGCAUUUCGAAUUAUCCUAUAUGGAUACAUACAUAUUUCCGGAAAUAUCAAUAGUUGGAAAUAACCAUAUUCAAUAUCUUGAUAUAUCGGGUAUAAGUUCGGUGAUAACUGUAGGAAAAUUCCCGGUUUUGAAACACCUUAGAACCCUAAUUAUGAAAGAAUCAAAACUAUAUGACGUCCUGCGAACAAACAAGACAAUAUUUAAAUGGUUUCCUAACAUACAAACCUUGGACAUUUCAUACAAUUUUAUUUGGAAUAUACCAAGUGAUGGUUUAGGAGAGUUACGUUUACUAAAACAUUUGAAUUUAUCUCAUAACAUGUUUGAAAGUGUUCCAGAUGUCCUGAUAUCAUUUGAAAGCAUUAUUGAGCUAGAUGUAUCGUACAAUUUGUUAACAACUUUAAAAAGAAGUAUUCGUAAUUGGAUAGAUAAACAGUACGAAAAACAUGGACAGUUUCGAUUAUAUCUGAAUAAAAAUUCAUUCAUUUGUUCGUGUGACACUAAGGAUUUUAUAUUAUGGCUUUCCAAUAAUAAGGCCAUAUUGGAUCAAAAGGGAAACUAUACAUGUUUGGUACCGGCAGACAACGGAAGAACUAACUAUACUGGGAAUAUAGUGAACAGUUAUCAGGAAUAUUUUGUGGAAUGUGAUGAUACAAUUUGGCUAAAAGUAGGAAGUUCUCUACUAGCAUCUAUAAUAUUCAUUAUAAUCUGUGCCACUUUAUGUUACAAUUUAAGACGGCGAAUAAUAUUUUGGUUUUACCGAACACUUCGCAGAAUGCAAGAAGAGUCAGUAAAUGUAAACUUUGAGUAUGAUGUAUACGUUUCUUAUUCAGAUGAUGGAACGCAAUUUGUGAAAGAACUUACAGACACGAUAGAAAAUUGUGGAUUGAAAAUCUGUUGUGAAGAUAGAGAUUUUUUAGUCGGGGAGUCAGCGGCAGACGAAAGAGCGCGAUCUAUUCAUGUAAGCAGACAUAUAAUAUUUCUUGUCACGCCUUCAAUUGUCCAAAACGAGUGGAGUCGUUUUGAAAUCGAGAGAGCAAAGUUCGAAAAAUUGGCAAAAGAACUCCAGAAAAUCAUUGUCAUUACACAGGGUAUCUCUCUUGAUGAUAUACCAGUUGAAUUUGCAACAAUCUGGAACAAAGUAAAUCUAAUAGUUUGGCCCGACGAGGAGGAAGAAAUUGCUGUAGCAUGGAAAAAACUUCUGCUUUGGUUAUUUUAGAACUUAACCUUUAUUCCGUAUACGUUAACACUUUCGCUAGUAACAUGAAAUAAUUGUUUGUUAUGUACAAAAUUUAGCUAAUGUUAAAUAUUUAAAAAACGUAAGAAUCAGAACCAAAACAAUUGAAGAGCUACAUAUAAUAGCCGAAAUGACGGAAAUUUUAUCGAAAUCAAUGUAAAGUCAACUUUGC